AUGGGAGUGGUCAGUCAGGUUCGACUCCUGCUAUGGAAGAACUGGACCAUCCGCAAGCGACAGAAGGUACGGUUUUUCAUGGAGAUCAUGUGGCCUGUGAUGCUGUUCAUGGGGCUUGUGUGGCUGCGAAGAGCGAACCCGCUCUACCGCCAACAUGAAUGUCAUUUCCCCAACAAGGCCAUGCCCUCCACAGGGAUCUUGCCCUGGAUCCAGGGAAUCUUCUGCAAUGCCAACAACCCAUGUUUUCAAUACCCCACCCGCGGUGAAUCCCCCGGCCUGGUAUCCAACUACAACAACUCAAUAUUGGCUCGGUUCUACGCAGAUGCCCACGAGCUUCUGUUUAGUGACCCGGAGUUCCUUCAGCUGAGUCGCCUCUGGAGGGAACUGACUGCCAUGAGCAGUUUCAUGGACGUCCUACGCAUCCGUCCUGAACUGGUCUCAGGGCGUGGAGUGAAAGUGGAUGAUAUUUUGAAGGACGAUGAGGUUCUGACUUCCUUCCUGCUGAGGGACAUUCCUCUGACUGAAUCUGUCGUCUACCAGUUGGUCAACGCCCACAUCAGGCCUGAGCAGUUCGCCCACGGCGUCCCCGAGCUGCACCUGAAGGACAUCGCCUGCAGUCUGAGCCUACUGGAGCGCUUCCUCAUCUUCCCCAGCAGCAGGGGGGUCUACGCCGUCCGACACGCCAUGUGCGUCCUCACCCCACAGCGGCUGCAGAUCAUUGAGGACAAAUUCUACGCCAACGUUGACUUUUUCAAGCUCUUCCGGCUGCUCCCCCGUGUGCUGGACAACCACUCCAAUGGCAUUGACAUUCGCUUCUGGGGACGGAUUCUCUCCGCCGCCUCAGAAAAACUACAAGAGCUCUCUCUGAGGAGCAGUUACAGAGAGCUGCUCCAGGUGAUGAGCCCUUUAUUCCAGCACAGCCCGUCCUUCAGUCAGCUGAUGGCUGCCGCUUCCAGCCUGGUGUGCGGCUACAGCGAGGGGGCUUUCUCCCGGGUCACCUCUUUCAAUUGGUAUGAGGACAACAACUACAAAGCCUUCCUGGGCAUUAACAGCAGCAGGGGUCAGGACCACUACACGUAUGACAAGAGCACCACUCCGUUCUGUAAUGACCUGAUGAAGGAACUGGAGUCCAACCCGGUCACCCGGAUCAUGUGGUCCUCUGUCAAGCCCAUGUUGAUGGGAAAGAUCCUUUAUGCCCCAGACUCCCCCGCCGUCCGUCAGAUCAUACGAAACGCCAACACUACAUUUGAAGAGCUGGAGAGGCUCAGAAACAUGGGGAGAGCCUGGGAGGAGGUGGCCCCACAGCUCUGGGCUUUCUUCCAAGAUGGAGUCCAAAUCAGCAUGCUGCGGGAUGCCAUCCGUAACCCGACUGUGAUGGAUUUCAUAGACACGAGUCUAGAGGAGACGCCGUUCUCCACCAAGCACAUCCUCAACUUCCUGUACAAUGGCAUUCCCAAGGAUCGCCCCGAGGACAUGGCCGCCUUUGAUUGGCGGAACAUCUUCAACCUCACUGAUCGUGUCAUCCGUAUGCUCAACCAAUACGGGGAGUGUCUGGUCCUCAAUAAGUUUACUGGCCUGCCUGAUGAGGACAUGGUCACCCACUGGGCCUUGGAUCUGCUGGGGGAAAGCAAGUUCUGGGCAGGUCUCAUCUUUGUGGACAUGUAUUCCUGGACCACCAGGGUCCCGCCUCAUGUCAAGUUCAAGAUCCGCAUGGACAUUGAUGCAGUGGAGCGCACCAAUAAGAUCAAAGACAGAUAUUGGGACCCCGGCCCGAGAGCUGAUCCCAUGGAUGACCUCCGUUAUGUGUGGGGUGGCUUUGCUUACCUUCAGGAUAUAAUAGAACAUGGGAUCAUCAAAUCUCAGACAGGCAAGGAGUGGCCGUUGGGUGUUUACCUGCAGCAGAUGCCCUACCCCUGCUAUGUGGAUGAUCUCUUCAUGCUGACGCUGAACCGCUGUUUCCCCAUCUUCAUGGUGCUAGCCUGGGUCUAUUCCGUGUCCAUGAUAGUCAAGAGCAUUGUGCUGGAGAAGGAGCUCCGUCUUAAGGAGACCCUGAAGACAAUGGGGGUCACCAACGGUGUCAUCUGGUGUACUUGGUUCAUCGACAGUUUCCUCAUGAUGGCUGCUAGCACUGCCCUCCUCACCACCAUCAUUAUGGGAGGGAGGGUGCUCAACUACAGCAACCCCUUCAUCCUGUUCCUCUUCCUGCUCAGCUUCACCACAGCGACCAUCAUGCAAUGCUUCCUCUUCAGUGUCUUCUUCAACAAGGCUAACUUGGCAGCGGCCUGCUGCGGCAUCAUCUACUUCACCCUCUACCUCCCCCACCUCAUCUGCUUCGCCUGGCAGGAACGCAUCACCAAGGACAUGAAGAUCCUUGUGAGCCUUCUGUCCCAGGUGGCCUUGGGCUUCGGUACUGAAUACCUGUCCCGGUAUGAAGAACAGGGCCUGGGUCUGCAGUGGGACAACAUCCAGACGAGCCCUCUGGAGGGGGACGAGUUCUCCUUUCUCACCUCCAUCUGCAUGAUGGGUGUGGACACGCUGCUCUAUGCCCUGCUGGCCUGGUACCUGGACAGCGUCUUUCCUGGCCAAUACGGAAUUGGGCGGCCAUUUUAUUUCCCCAUCCUGCCGUCUUACUGGCUCAACACAGUGACUCCAAUUCCAGGCCCGGAGAAGCCAGAGUCGGAGAAAAAAGCUUUUGGCAACCUGACAAACAAGGAGAAAGCAGAAGAAGAGCCCAAGAGCAAGACAGCGAAGGAGCCGGCUCCAUGUAAACACCAGGACAAACGCGACAGGCUGGCCAAGCAGAGAGAAGAGAAAACACAAACAAACGGCGAGCAGUUCUUUGAGGCAGAACCAGCAGACUUGGUGGAAGGGGUGUGUAUCCAGAACCUGGUCAAGGUUUUCAGCAGUGGCUCCAGACCGGCUGUGGAUGGCUUAAGCAUCAGCUUCUACGAGAGCCAGAUCACCGCCUUUCUGGGCCACAACGGAGCUGGGAAAACCACCACCAUGUCCAUUCUUACCGGUUUGUUUGCCCCCACCUCGGGAACAGCCACCAUCUAUGGCAAGGACAUCCGUACGGACAUGGACACCAUCCGUCUGUCUCUGGGCAUGUGUCCCCAGCAUAAUAUCCUCUUCCAGCAUAUGACUGUCGCAGAGCAUAUCCUCUUCUACUCGCUGUUGAAGGGCAGGCCCAUUGCCGAGGCUGAACAGGAGGCGGAGAACAUGCUUCAGGACCUGGGUCUGCCCCACAAGAGGCAUGAACUAGUCCAGAACCUCUCAGGUGGCAUGCAGAGGAAGUUGUCUGUGGCCAUGGCAUUUGUGGGGGGGGCGAAGGUGGUGAUACUGGACGAGCCCACGUCAGGGGUGGACCCCUACUCCAGACGCUCCAUCUGGGACCUGCUACUCAAAUACCGUGCAGGCCGUACGGUGAUUCUGUCCACUCAUCACAUGGACGAAGCCGACCUGUUGAGUGACCGUGUGGCCAUCAUCUCUCAGGGCCGUCUGUACUGCUGUGGCUCCCCCCUCUUCCUCAAGAAUGGCUUCGGUGCCGGCUUCUACCUCACCCUUGUGCGCCGCGUGAAAUACGAGGCACCCAAGGCCAAGUGUGACUGUAAGGAGGAGUGCUCCUGUAAGUGCUUCAAGUGUUCAAAGUUCAAAGAGGACAAAGAGGAGGCUCCAGUCCAGGCUCCCGACAGACAGAUGGAUGGUGAUGUGGAGAGGAUCACAGCUCUGAUUCAGCACCAUGUGCCCGAGGCUCAUCUGAUCGAAGCCAUCGGACAGGAGCUGACCUAUCUGUUACCUAGUCAGGAUUUCCAGCCCAGGGCAUACGCCAGCCUCUUCAGGGAGCUGGAGGAGACUCUGUCAGACAUCGGCCUCAGCAGCUUCGGUGUGUCCGAUACCUCCCUGGAGGAGAUUUUCCUCAAAGUCACGGAUGACGGAAAAGCUGCCAGCCGCAAAUGUGCACAAGAUCACAGAACGCUGCAAAAGAUUUCUCGGGCCAGUCUCUUUGGAGACAACAGAGUGGCAAUUUGUAUGGAGCCGCCAAAAGAGACAGAUGGGGUUAUCUACACCAAUGGCCUGGGCUGUUCGCCUGAGAAUGAUGCAGGCAAGGGGUCGUACCAGGUCAAAGGUCCGAGUCUGAUCGUCAAACAGUUCUUCGCUCUGUUGAUCAAGAGAUUUCAUCACGCCACACGCUCCCACAAAGAUUUCUUCGCACAGAUUAUUUUGCCAGCCAGUUUUGUGUUCCUGGCACUGACAUUCACGCUGAUCGUGCCACCUUUUGGAGAAUACCCUAGCCUGACCCUUAGCCCCUGGCUGUAUGGGAGGCAGUUUACCUUCUUCAGUAAUGAGCGCCCACUGGAUGCUCAGAUGAGAUACUUUGCUGAGGUGUUGCUGAACAAGCCUGGCUUUGGAACGCGCUGCAUGGUGGAUGAACCACUAGAAGAGUUUCCAUGUAACAACAUUACCACGGAGUGGGAGAUGCCACUGGUUAACCCUAGCUUGAUAGAGAUGUUGGAUGGCUCCGAGUGGAGCGCGCUCAGACCCUCCCCUAACUGCCAGUGCAGCACAGACAGGAAGCUGACCAUGCUCCCUGUCUGCCCAGCGGGAGCUGGAGGACUGCCUCCCCCGCAGAGGAUCCAGUCCACAGGAGACGUUCUGAUGGACCUGACGGGCAGAAACAUUUCUGAUUACCUGGUGAAAACAUACCCAAGUCUUAUCAGAACCAGCUUGAAGAGCAAAUACUGGGUGAAUGAACAAAGAUAUGGAGGUAUAUCAGUGGGUGGACAGCUUCCAAUGUUAGAGGUGGAACCCAAGGCCAUCCAGAGUGUAGCUGUACAGCUGGGACAACUUCUCAAUGUUACCGGGGGAAAGUACUCCAGACAGUCUGUGGCAGAUAUAGGGACUUUCCUGAGGUAUAUGGAGACAAAGAACAAUGUCAAGGUUUGGUACAACAAUAAGGGCUGGCACGCAAUGGUGUCUUUCAUGAAUGUGGCCAACAAUGCCAUCCUCCGAGCCAACUUGCCCAAAGGUGCCAACCUGGAUGAAUAUGGCAUCACUGUCAUCAACCAUCCCCUGAACCUCACCAAGGAGCAGCUCUCUGAAAUCACCAUCCUCAGCACUUCAGUGGAUGCAGUGAUGGCCAUCUGCGUUAUCUUUGCCAUGUCCUUCAUCCCCGCCAGCUUCGUCCUCUACCUCAUCCAGGAGCGGGUCACCCAGGCCAAACACCUGCAGUUUGUCAGCGGCGUCAGCCCCCUUGUCUACUGGGUGGCCAACUUCCUGUGGGACAUGGUGAAUUACUCCAUCAGUGCGGCAAUGGUGGUGGCCAUCUUCAUUUACUUUGAUAAGAAGUGCUACACCUCACCAGCAAACAUCCAACCUCUGGUGGCCCUUCUAAUGCUCUAUGGUUGGUCGGUAACACCAAUGAUGUACCCCAUGUCCUACGUGUUCAGCAUCCCGAGCACGGCCUACGUCUCCUUGUCCUGCAUCAAUCUCUACAUCGGCAUCAACAGCAGUGCCAUCACUUUCAUUCUAGACCUGUUUGAGAGCACCACGGCUCUGUACAAAUGUAACCAGCUCUUAAAGACCCUACUGCUCAUCUUCCCACACUACUGCCUGGGCCGAGGCCUCAUAGAUAUGGCCAUGAACCAGGCCAUAACUGAAGUCUAUGCUCGCUUUGGUGAGGAGUUCAGUCGAGAUCCAUACAGCUGGGACUUUGUGGGGAAGAACCUAGUGUGCAUGGCUGCCGAGGGCUUCGUCUAUUUCUUCUUCAACAUCCUCAUCCAGUAUCGCUUCUUCAUGGAUCACUGGAUACCAGAUGGUCCAAAGCCUCCAAUCCUAGAAGAGGACGUGGAUGUGUUACAGGAAAGAGAGCGUAUUUACAAAGGCAGUAACACCAACGAUAUCUUGUGCAUACAAGACCUAUCCAAGACAUACACAGGAAGCACAAUUCCAGCAGUUGACAGAAUUUGCGUCGGGGUGUCACCUGGAGAGUGCUUCGGUCUACUCGGCAUAAAUGGAGCUGGGAAGACCACCACCUUUAAGAUGUUGACUGGAGACAUCGAUGUUAGCUCAGGAGAAGCCACCGUCACUGGUCACAGUAUUUUAACCAACAUCCUUGACGUGCACCAGAACAUGGGCUAUUGCCCUCAGUUUGAUGCCAUCGAUGAGCUGCUUACAGGCAGAGAACACCUUCACCUCUACGCCCGUCUCAGAGGGGUGCCGGAGUACGAAAUCAGCAGGGUGGCAGAAUGGGCCAUCCAGAAGCUGGGGCUCUCUGAGGACGCGGGAUGCAGUGCUGGGACCUACAGCGGAGGAAACCGGAGGAAACUCUCCACCGCCAUUGCCAUGAUAGGCUGCCCAGCGCUGGUGCUGCUGGAUGAACCCACAACAGGCAUGGAUCCCCACUCUAGGCGCUUCCUCUGGAACUCCAUUAUGAGUGUCAUCCAGGACAGACGGGCUGUGGUCCUCACAUCACACAGUAUGGAGGAAUGUGAGGCCUUGUGUACCCGCUUAGCUAUCAUGGUAAACGGCUCCUUCAAGUGUCUGGGCACAAUUCAGCAUCUCAAAUACAAGUUUGGUGAUGGUUAUGUGGUGACCAUGAAGAUUCGGGCAGCCAAGUUGGGUUGUGUCCCAAACUUGAACCCUGCUGAAGCCUUCAUGGAGACCACCUUCCCUGGCUGUGUCCAAAGAGAGAAACACUACAACACCCUACAGUAUGAGAUCUCCUCCUCCUCCCUGGCUAAGGUUUUUCAGAUGGUCGUGGCUAACAAGGAUAAGCUCAACAUAGAGGACUAUUCAGUGACUCAGACUACUCUUGAUCAGGUGUUUGUUAAUUUUGCCAAGCAGCAGUCAAGGGAAGAUGACACUAUUGUGCUGCAUCCAAGAGCUGCCGGGGCCCGCCGAGAUGUCAAGGGUACACAGAUCAAGUGUUUGGGGAAGUGAACCUUCCCUGGGGACCUUAACAGGGAGAUGCGUUCGUAUCUAACAGAUGAGCUGGUGUACGACUUUGUCAGGUACACAGGGUUAGCAGGCUAGUGUACACUCUACUUUUCUGAGGGAGGAACAGAGGAAAUCUGCUCACCUUGUUUGCCUUGCAAGCUAGAUGAAGUAAAGCUUUGUAGUUCUGGGAAUGUGUAAAACAAGUUGUAACAGUAAGAAAACGCAAACCGCUAAGAGGCCUGUCUGUGUUAAUGGCUUCUUUGACUAUGACAAGGACUUGUAUCUAUGAAACUGUACACCUGUAACAGAGUUUUAUGCAAACUGGUACCCCAACAAGCAUAGAGCCUAUAUCUGCUUCCGAUGCCAAGAAAGAUUAUCUAUUUUUGUAUGGCCUUUUCUAGACAUGCAGUCAUAAUAGUCUUAGCACUUCACGGAUGCAGCAUUAAUCAAAGCAUAAUUUUUUACCAAGAAUUUUGACAGUGAAAGUCUAAUGAAAUCUGCUAUUCUGCUGUUAACUGUUAUGAAAUGCGUUUACAGCUAUGGACUUUACAUUUUGAUUACCAUGUGAUUUUAUAAGUCAAACUUUGCGCUUUAUCAUGUGUGCAGUUCUGGCAUAUUGUAUGCAUAUAUUAUGAUAGGUUGGUCUCAUUAUUAUUAGAUAGCAAAGGUUGUCAUUAAAGUGGUUUCAAACAAAAUCAUCACU